UUAUUAGCGAGUCCUGUGUCAGGCAGCCCAGAUCUGGGACAGAAAAAUGUGACAGCCUAACAGCAGGCCCUAGGCCACCUGCCCCUCCGUGUUUCAUGACAGUAAAGAAGGAAAGUAGGCUGCAGGUGCCAGUUGGUUGUCGAUGUACGAUUCCACCUGUCACAUUGCACAAGAGAUUGCUGAAAAAAUCCAGGAACGUAAUCGAUGUCAAAGAAAUGGUGAAAAUUCAACAAAGCUUAAUGUGACAAUCCGAUCAUUGUUGCAGAAUCUCAAGGUAAAGAUCGACCAGCUGAAGGACUUAUUGCUUCGAGCUAUAUCAACACGUCAGAUAACACAAUUGGAGGGAGACAGAAGGCAAAACUUAGUGGAUGACCUUCUCACGCGACAGAGACAACUUCAAGCAUCCUAUAAGAAUGAUGGCACCGAACCAGAUGUGAUAAGAUCUAGCCUAAUGACUGGAGGGGUGAAAAGAGGUGUGACCAACCCAUGGCUUCUGGAAGAGACGGAGGAAACCAGCGGGCUUGGCUUUGGUGAGAUCAGACAGCAGCAGCAGAGGAUCAUACAAGAGCAAGAUGCUGGGCUGGAUGCUCUCUCCUCAGUCUUAUCAAGGCAAAAACAAAUGGGGCAGGAAAUUGGGAAUGAGCUGGAGGAACAGAAUGAGAUCAUCGAUGACCUCACCAAUUUGGUAGCAAAUACGGAUGACAAACUGCGCAGUCAAACCCGGCAUGUGAAAAUGGUGGACAAAAAGUCAACUUCCUGUGGAAUGUUGGUGGUGAUUGUGUUGUUGCUGAUUGCAAUUGCUGUGGUUGCCGUCUGGCCAACACACUAAUGCAAAUGCGGGGACCAUCAGAGAUGCCACUUAGCAGCGGCAGAGCUGGACAAUAUCAGAGGCUGCGAACAACUCCACUGCAAACACGUUUUGUGUGUUAAGUAAACUCAGUAUUUGAAUGAAGACGUUUCUGCACGCAAUGCACAGCCAGAGGGCUGUGGCUAGUUUGGAGCAUUUGAACUUCAAAAGGACUCUUUUCCUUCCUUGAUUUUGUACUUCAGAGGGACACAACUGGAGUAGAUGCAUCUUUUAAGAGAUUUACCCUUAGUGCAACUGACUCUAAGCAAGCAAUCUGCCCCUUUUGUUGAGAGAUCAGUCAUCCUGAAGGUUUAAUAUACUGUAUACUGCUCCUACAAAGCUUGUGUGGUAUAUGUGUGAAGUUCCCCCUCUCUUGGUAAAUGAUGAUCUUUUGAACCAAGAUUUUGCAUCUUAUAAAGAAGUGAGUGUUGUAAGGAACUGAUUGAUACUAAGUUUCAAUGAAGUUGGAGGGUCAGAGAGCAGACCAAGCUUGAGAAUGAAAAGCCUGGUGAUGAGGGUAGAAUGGAAUAUAGGGACUCAGAUGUACCUUACAAACAUAAGUAUGAGGCAAUCUUUGGCUGUUGUGAGAGAAUUACCAGUGUUGAUCUGCACCGAUCGAAAUGCAAACAGCAGUGGGGCUUUCCAACAUUUAACACAACCGGGUGUAGAACAGCGGAAAGCUCUGCCCAAUGUGUGCUCAUAAGGAGGGAAAGUGUCUUUCUGCUAACUGUACUCUGGGGGAAGUUUACCCCAACUGACUAACUGCAGAAGUCCUGAUACAGCGAAUAGACUAGGCUCAAGACCAGAGAUGCGCACAGGUUUCUUUUAUCAUUUUUCCAAAGGAAAAUAUUACAAGUAUUAAAAAAAAAAAUGAAAAAAGAAUUUAAUGCUCAUCGCUGUCCCCAAAAUCAUUAUUUUGUUAUGUGCCAACUUAAUUGUCAGAACUGAUAGAGCAAUAAUAACUGAAUAAAAGCUGAUCCAUUUA